GAAUGUACAUCUGUAAGUCUGUCAUCUGUAGCUCUGCUCAAUGAAAAUUCUUUCAUAACAAAUAAAUUCUUUUGUCCACAAAUUAUCCGACGAAACGUUUGCUCAAAGUUUAAAAUUUCGGUGUUAACAGUGUCGCCAGUUUUGAUACCAUUUUCAAUUAAUAAUGAGAAUACCUGUAGUAUUAAAUUCAUAGGAAUAAUUAUGUACAUCGUUGUUGAGAUUUUACAUACCUACAUAGGUCAAAUUCAAAUUCAAAUGUACAUACAUAAGUCAAAUUCUCAAAUAAAGUGUGUACUUACACAACGUUGUUCUUAAUUCGCUAACUUAAAAUGGCCACAAACGCGAUGACCGAGGAUAUUGAGUUAACAAUUCGUAAACUGUUUAACAAACUCAAGCCCGAGACUUUCGAGCAGGUCUUGAAAGACUUUACAAACAUAGAACUAAACGGAAAGGAUAACUUGAUCGGGUUCAUCGUCGACAUUGUUAUGAACAAAGUGGUCACAAAGUCGAACACGAUGAAGGCCGACUUAUUUGCAAAAUUGAUAUCCAGACAUGAUAAAUCAUUCAAAUUGAAAAAGGAAAUCCUAGCUAGAUGUCAGGCCGAAUUUAAACUGGGCAUUGAAAAUGCGGAAGAAAUUAAAAUGUCGGAACAUAAUUUGAAAGUAUUUCAAGACGUGGAUGACCUGACAGCAGAAUUGGACAGAUUCAAGUUCAAAUCUAUUAAAUGCAGUGUAGCAAAUGUUCAACUAAUUGGAGAAUUUUAUAACUACGAUGUGGCCGGAACUGGAGCAAUAAUGGAGUGCGUGGACGCUCUAUUAAUUAGGAACGAUGAAGUAAGCGUGACAAUCCUUUGCGCCCUGAUGAAGACGAUUGGGCCCAAGUUGUACGCGAUAAUGGAAUUGUUGAAGAAGGAUGAAGAAAAACCGACCAAAGUAAAUUUGCCAAAGAUGAAAGAAGAUGCAAAAUUCUUAACUUGGGUUGCAAAAGUGUUUGCAAACCUUCAUACUCGAAGUUAUAGUGGGUGGUAUUUGUCUUUAAGUUCGGAAGCUGCGGUUGAGGAAAUUUUGAAACUUCAAGAGAAAAAAUGGAAAACAGAAGAAAUUAUAAGUACUCCUCCGGUAAUAACAGCUCAAAUGCCGGUAGUAAAUUCGACGAUACCCAACAAUGGUGCGGAUUUUUUGCCAAUCUUAAAGCAACGAAAGAUUGAUGCCGAUGUCGUCAAAUUUCUAACACAACUAAAUUCCAUCAAUGCUCCACAAAUAGCUCAACAAUUUUCCAGUCAACCUAUGGAUUGGUAUACUGAACGAAUCGUUUCCAUAAUUUACACCAUGUUCGACAUGAGCGUUGAUUCGUUAAGAAAAAAGUCAUACCCAAAAUCAUGUGCAAAUUUGGUUCAAAUUUUGUGUUGCCAAUCUUACCGAGCAUCAAGAAUUUUUCGAAAAAGUCUUACACCAUUAUGUCAGAUGGAGAUAAAACACCACAAAUCUUACGCAAUUUGGUUGAAGAGUAGAGAGGACAACUUAAUAAACCAGCAGUCUUCCGAUCAUCUACUCCGCGAGCAACUUGAAGAUACAAUUUCGCUUGGAAGGAAACGAUUCCGUGGAAAUGUAAUGUUCAUCGGAGAGUUAUUUAACCUCGGAAUUUUAACGUAUCUAUUUGUCAAAGAUACAGUGGAAGAACUGAUGAGUUCGAGGGAUGAUGGAAACCUGGAAAGUCUUUGCAUGCUGUUGAAAACUACGGGGGAGAAAAUGCACAAAACAAGUGCAAAAUGCACGCCAAAAAUGUUUAAAUCGAUGGCGAUUUUGGCGAAUAGCGGUCAAGUAUCGGUCGCCAUGAAGACUGUGAUAAUGGAUGUGGUAAAUCUAAGUGCCAAAAACUGGGAAUCAACAAGUAACAUUUCAAAAAGUCCAAGCGUAAUAUCCAUAUCGUCUAGUUCUACUUCGGGAGUGUUACUGCAAAACGAUGUCACGAAAGAACUUGGAAAAUUAACCUUGGCCAUGUCUUCAAUGUCAGUUUCAAAACCUAGUCCUGUUCUAGAAAAUAAAGAGAAGGAGUUUGAAUUAAUCAGAACUCAACUAGAAAAAUCGGUAGAUAUGAUGUCAUCUUCAAAUGGGGAAUCCAAUAUGAUUCAAGGAGUAACUAGUGGAGCUUCGGGAACUUCCCGAAGUGUAAAUUCGAUCGAAAAUAAUAGAAAAAUUGAAGUUUCCUUCCCACCAUCGUGUCCACCUCAACCUCAGCUCAAAUAUUUAUCGAUGUACACAAAUUACGACAGAAUGCUGAAGCAGAUGCCUCCCGACGUCGUGGAAGAUAUAAACAUGGAAAUUUCUACGAUUAUCUACCAGCGAUUCAAACAUCAAAAAGAGCUCGAGAGCUUUUUUUCAGCUGACCAAAAUGACUUUGAAAAUGAUAUGUUCACAAUUAUUUAAAUCUAUUGUGCACGAGAAACCGGGUACACGAAUGUAAAUGCAACCUUAUUCGUCUUGUGCUUAACAUUAUGUUAAUAACCGUGCUAAAUUUCGUGUGAUAUUGACUGCCUUACAUAAAUAAAUCGUUACCCUUAAAUUUUUAAUUCACAGGAA